UACUUUUGUCCAAGAACGAGGAUUUAGCAAUCUCGCUCGGACUCCCGAGUACUGACUCAGCCGACUCGAUUCACGACACGCAGGAUGUGCGGUGAUGCGACGAACUGGAACGAAGAUGAGUACCGAGAGAGGAUACUGAAGGAGAGAGAGGUCCAUACCCGGAAUGUGUUCAGGACCGCCUGGGCUCCCUCUGUAAAUCCUAGCUCAGACACCAUUGUCGUCGCCUCCAGUGAUGGAUCGGUCGCUUCUUAUUCCAUAUCAUCCUGUAUCUCUAAACUUCCCGUUGGUGUUGGCAAUACGAGUGGUCAAAGGUAUUUGGUUGCGGAACCUAAUGGCUUCCUUCAAGGUCAUGAAGGACCUGCGUAUGACGCCAAGUUCUAUCUCAAUGGCAAAGAUACUUUAUUACUGAGUUGUGGUGAUGAUGGUCGAAUACGAGGUUGGAGGUGGGAAGAAAUUAUACGGUCAGAUGUUCCUAUUUCUUUGCAAGGAAAUCACAUUGAUUCAGUACUUGACAUGGUGAAUCCGCAACAUAAAGGUCCUUGGGGUGCUGUUUCUCCAGUACCAGAGAUUAAUGCCAUUGCUGUGGAUACUCGGGGGGGAUCCGUUUUUUCAGCUGCAGGGGAUUCUUGUGCAUAUUGCUGGGAUGUGGAGACUGGUAAGAUUAAAAUGGUUUUUAGAGGACACUCGGACUACUUGCAUUGUAUUGUUGCUCGUAACUCUACUGACCAGGUAGCCUUCUGCUUCUUAAUCUUGAUUGUGACCGGUUCUGAGGAUCGGACUGCACGAUUAUGGGAUUGCAGAAGUGGAAAGUGUAUUCAAGUAAUUGAUCCAGAGAAGGAUAAUAAGUCAAAAGGACUCUCAUCUUUUGUUGGUUGCCUUACUCUUGAUGCAAGUGAAAGCUGGUUGGCUUGUGGCAGCGGCCAGUGUUUUUCAGUGUGGAAUCUUCCUGCUUCUGCAUGCAUUUCAAAAACUUAUAAUCGUGCAUCCAUACAAGAUUUACUAUUCGAUGAUAAUCAAAUAUUAGCUGUCGGAGCAGAACCUCUGCUUCAUCGUUUUGACAUUAAUGGGAAGACUCUUUCAGAAAUACAAUGUGCUCCACAGUCUGCAUUUUCCGUCUCUUUAAAUCCAUCCGGCGUUGUUGCUGUUGGAGGUUAUGGAGGUCUUGUAGAUGUCAUUUCACAGUUUGGCAGCCACUUGUGCACCUUCCGCUGCAGACGCAUUUGAAAAGGGUUCAUCGAUCUUCUGAAGUUCUGAUGUUAUGUUUUCUAACUGGGGCGUGUUGUGGUUCUAGAGAUUUAAAAUGUGGCAGACACCAAGUUCUCGACUUCAACCUUUGCUCCUUUAAAGGUCAUCCAAUAGAAUGAUUGCAAAGCUCUUCUUGGCUAGCUGCAUAUGUUGAGAUUAGAUCCUUCAUAUUUUAUCCUUUUAUACACAAGUUCUGCUCUUUGAAGUCUUUUAAGAACUAAGAGCGAGAAUGGGGAAAUUCAUAAGAAUAAUUGAUUGAUCUUUAUGUGCUUUUUUUUACAUUUUAUAUCAAAUAACUUGCAAUUACACAAA